AUGAGGGAAUUCAACCAGUUCGCGUUGUUCGCCCUGUGGGUUGCCAUUCUAAGCGUCACCAGGACGUACAACAUAAGGAAUUUUGGUGGAGAUAACAACGUCAAGCAUUUGAGAUUCUCGGAAGACGCAGCGGCUGGGAGAAGCGCCGGCCUCAAGCACAGAGGAAGUCAUCUAACCCACAGCAAAGAACAACAUUUAAUUGCAGACGAUGAUAGUCCCAUUGGGAGAGCCAUUUUUAUGCAGACAGCAGCUACGUUAACAAAUUUAAUGCAUGAUAGAGAGAGGGUACACUCCCCCCCAAGUAAUAAGAACGUCACGUAUGUAAUUUCGGGGUCUGUCAAAGGGAUAGAAGGUGGGAACCCAGUAUCGAUAGCACUAGGAGCUCAGUACUCAAAUAACUUCGACUCUUUGGAAGUGAUAGUUCUUACGUCUGAGAAUCCUCAAUUCAAAUUUAUUGUUCAUGGAGGAAGAUACUACUUACGUACCUUUGGAACUACCUACUUAACACCUAGUGCUAUUAAACUGAAUGUACCUUGUUCCAAAUGCAAGUUUGUGAACUCAGAUUAUAGUGACACCGUUGAAGUAACUCCUUAUCCGAAUGUCUCGAACUUAUUUAUAUUCGAGUGGGAACUUCAAUCAAACGCUCCCAUUUCGUUAGAACACAUAAACGUGGUUCAUAACGAUGAAGCUGGAUGGACACAUGGACAUGAUAUGUCAAACGAUUUGAAGCUAGACUCAUCAGCAGCUGCAGCUUCCUUGAAGACAUUUUACGGAAUCGAGUUGAUAGGGUAUUGGGGUUCUGAGUAUUCAGACAGGCUGCUAAACGUCUUGUCUGGUUUUCCCGAAUGUGUGCAGUUAGUGACCUACGAUAAGGAGGAGAGAGCUCGCCAGAGGAAGCACCAACGAUGGAUUCUGGUGCAUGAGGAUUUAGGAGCAUUUGACAUGGACGUGGAGAUGUAUGACGAGGAUGAUAAGACCUACUCCAAGACGGUACGUGUAUCUAGCAGCGCUUUUGAAUAUUCUAAGAAGCAAGUGAAGACAUCAGGCAGCAAUGGGAACUACUAUUCGAGGAGGUUGGAAAAGGUGCUAAUCCGAUCCAUCCUUGCAGAUGAUUAUAGUCUGUUCGUUAAUUACUUUGAGGACAAGCAUGGCGUUCGUCUGCUAAACCCUGAGAGAGACCCAACCGAAGUGGAAGAAGUCACAGGUUAUUCAAAGAAUGAUUACCAACCAUGGAGUCAGAACGUGGAAGAGAUGGUCGAAUUGGCUACGUCAUGGGAUGAAUAUCCAAAAGGAUUCCAAAAGGUUAAUGGAUUGAAAUAUUUGGCGAGAAGAAAAAAUGGAUUGAAGCAUCCAGUCUACCCAACAGCCCCAGCAGUUGCCUUUCCUGCAGGUGCAUCUAGAAAUUCAUUCAUCGAAUUUAUGGAAUCGGCUUUUAUAAAUUAUAAAGACAUUUCUCACUUGGUGCUCCACGAAAUAGGGCACUUUAUCUACAUCAACACUGUGUCAGUUGACUUGAGGAAAGAAUGGGUAACCGAAGGCGAGUGGUACGAGGAGCCCCUCUCCCCUAGUAAGUGGGCCACUAGGAACGAAACCGGAUUCGUUUCUGCUUAUGCGCAUGAUAAAACACCAGGAGAAGAUUUCGCAGAGUCUAUAGCUUCGUUUGUUCUGAACCCAAGAUUGUUAAAUUCGAGGAGUCCUCAAAAGUACAGCUGGAUUAAGAAGAACCUCUUUAGUGGUAGCUUUUACGUCACUUCUGGUAAGCACAAAUUUGAAGUUAUCAAUUUGGGGAACCAAACAUUUUAUUACCCAGGGAAGGUGAAAAAGGUACACGUAGAGGUUAAGGGAAGUCCCUCGGAGAAUAAAAAUGUGCAGAUACAUGUGGAUUUGCUAUCCUCUAAGGACAAUAAAGGGUGCGCUAAGUACGCCCAUGCAAGAUUCUUCUCGGAGCAGCAAACAUAUAGGGAUGUCUUUUUCUACACGGCGGACCGUUCCGCGUGCAGCUUUUCGUUGUUCGCUGAGUUUGAAGUUAACGCCACAGAGAGCAAGGGCAAAUGGGUGGUCGAAUCUAUGUCUUUCACUGGAGAGAAUGACAUAAAGCGAUACACAGGGCUGGGAUCGAUGGUCCUCUACAUGUAUGUGAAUAAUCAGAACGAAGAUGUUGAGCAGCCUAUCCCCCUGGUGGACUCUGUUCAAAUUUACCCCUACAAUGGAAAUGGCUCCGAAGAUUCUCUUCUCCGAUUGAGUAUGCUCGUUUUGGAGGACACCUCGCUCAAGAUCCACGGAGGAUCCUUCGCAAACUUUGCCUCCACGGAUAGUGAAACCUAUGCCUAUGGCAACCACACCUACGCCUCGUACGACCCUGAGUUUGAUGUUGAGGCAAUGAAGAACGAUUAUUUCGUGAGAGACAUAUCAACGAGUGGGUUCCGACAAGUCAAUAUAAAUGCAUGCAAAGAGCACACCAACAUGAAUGUUUCUAACUUGAAAUGCUUUCAAGUGAUGAAUCCUGUGCAUAUCCCAAAGUACUGUGUAGGCAGUAGGUACUACUUCCGCCAAUUCGCAGUAGAGGAUGAUGCGGGAAAUCAGAACAUUUUAAAUGUGACUUCGAACAAGUACUAUGCCGAUUUGAGGAGUUCUCCUCGUAGGGAUAGAACUCAGCCCACUAUCACUGGAGUUAGGGUUACAAGCAAGCCAGCUAAUGAUCAUCACGAUGGAGAGACAGAAGUUACAGUUGAGUUUGGUGUGUACGACGAUAUGUCUGGGGUGUACUACGUUUACAUACAUCUAAAGGAUCCUCACGGGGGAAUUCACUCGAGCCAUGUGAACAGGACGUUGCUGCCUCAAGGAAAGGAUUACAAGCAGGUGACGCAUACGAUCCUGCUGCCCAAGGGCUCCAUGGCUGGGACGUGGAUUCUUGACGAGAUCAAGGCGGUCGAUCUGUGCAAAAACGAGUCCAGGAAUGUCUACUCGUACAGCGUCUUCGUGGACAAUUCGUGA